AUGCCUCUCGAGAAAGACAACCCCAGUCACCGCAACCUCUCCGACAAACUGGAUGGCAAGUAUGGUGGGGGCUCCAUCUACGAAAAGGUCACGCGUCCCAUUGUCCAUGGUGUCUACCAUACCGCUCGUUGUGUUUCCUCUGGAAACAGUGCGGAAUUGGCUCGAGCCAAAGAUCAAUUCAGUGCUGUUGGAAAAGGACAGCCAAGGACCGAAUACCUCUCAAGCAGCACAAAGAGGAAGCAGCCAAGAAUGCCGAGGGAAAAUAUGGUUGAAGGUCCCGCACCGGUCUACAGAAGCAUCGGUUUUCAGUUGCAGACGACAGUACGGUAG